CGGCCCGGGCGGGGGAUGGAUGCGCUGGCGGAGCUGCUGGCCGCGCUGCCCUUCUGGGGGACCGCGUUGGCGCUGCUGCUCGCCUCGCUGUGGCUCUGGCGGGGCCAGGCCCGUGCGCCCCGGGGCUCCGAGGUUCCUGCUCCUCCAAAGCUGGCCCGGCCCUCCGCGGGCGCCGAGGAGGUGCAGACGCGCGGACUCGCAACGUACGAGCUAGAGGAGCCUCGGGAGAGGGCAGGAAAGGAGGAGGAGGAAGAGAGGCAGAAUGAAGAGCCGAACUCUGACAAUAAGAAGAUGCCACUGCUAGCUGAACUAGAAGAAGAUGACUACAAAUCAGGAAGAGAAAGUUCCUUUGAUGGAACUCUUGCCAUUGAAACUACAUGAUCUGGCAGGAUUGAAGAGGAGGUAUUUUCAUUUAAAUAUAGCCCUGGAAAAAUGCGAGGAAACCAAUAUAAGAAGAUGAUGACCAAAGAAGAGUUGGAGGAAGAACAAAGGGUUAAAAAAGAACAGCUAGCUGCCAUCUUCAAACUCAUGAAGGACAACACGGAGACUUUUGGGGAGAUGUCCGAUGGAGAUAUGCAGGAACAGCUCAAGCUUUAUGAUAUGUAGGCUCAAAAACAACAGAGCUCUCCGACAGCUGCUGCCUUACUCUGCAACAAGACUUUGAAGACAAUUGUACUGUGACUGUUAUUAGAUUAGAAACUCUUGUUUUCAGAUUUUUUGUAGGUUUAAAUACAUACAUAUGCAUAUAUAUGUAUAUAUAUAUAUCUUUUUGCAUAUUCUAUUUAUAUUUCCUCUCAUAGGGAUCAAUAAUACUCCCCAUAGAGGAAGAGGGGUGGGCAGACCCUGUUAGCUGAGUUUCCCUGCUUAUUGUUUGUUGUUGAGGUUCAGACUAUGUGACAUAAUUAAUACCUUAUCUUCUGACUCGAGCUAAGAAAUUCCUCAUGUUAGUUCCAAGAUAGACAAUAGUACGGGACCAGACUCGAUGAUGCUGAGUCAGGGCUGACUCAGUCCUAACUCAUGACACAGUAGUAAGCUGUUUGGGAGGAUUCAGGGGUGCUAAAAGUUAUAGUAUCUUUACUAUUAGUAUCCUUAUAAGGCUUUUAAAGAGUUAGGGUUUAAGAAUUUUUUUGAGGGUCUGAAGUCCAUUUCUUCAUAGAUAGUCUAAAAGUCUAUUUCAAAGACUCAUCUUCCUUCGUGGAUCAAAAUAAAGGUACUAGAAAUGAUGUUAUAAGAGUCUGUUCUGUGUUAUUUCUAGUCCUUGUUCAAUUCAAGUGUAUGAAGAGUGCUAGGUACUGCAGGAUGUGCAAAAGAAGCAAAAGAUGUGGCAUUUGACUUGGAGAAACUGCCAAUUUCUAGGGAAAGAAAUAACCCCAACAUAAAACAAUAGAGAUAACAAAAUAUUUAACUGACAUCUAUACAGGAACUCCUCUGAUGGCUUACUGUGGUGUGGAAGUGACCCUUAGUUCUUGAAGGUUCUUCAAGUGCGAGCUGGAGGAGGAACUCAUGUUUAUGAUCUGGGCACCAGUCCAGCUUUGUUUGGAGGGAUUCAUCACUAGCAUGGCUGCAGAUUAAUGAAUCAUUAGCCAUAGCAACUCUUAAAGACUAUCUGCCAAGGUGUAAUAAUAGCUAGCAUUUUUGUAGUACCUUAAGGUUUGCAAAGCACUUUACAUUUUGACAGGAGUAUCCAUGUUGUUGAAAUCAUAAAAUCGUUGAAGUGUGAGUGCAUCCAAUUUUCUACUUAGUCGCAGCGACUGCCAUUUACAAUUCUGGCGCAGAAGCUGAAAGAUGCCUUUAUUCAGAAUGGGAUCCCUCAGGUCUGAUUGCUAAACUCUGUCAGUCAAGUUGCUGCAAUCAUUUCCCAGCAACCAGUGGCUCCAUCAUGUUUGUACUCAUGCUCCAGCAUGUUUUAUUACAUUUUUGUUUGCCUACUUCACGUGCAGCUUUUCCAAGUCACCUCAUCCACAACAUGAAGCUACUGUUUAGUUAAUUAUGAGUCUCAUGCCCUAAACUAAUAAAUGACUUUGAGUUCAUUUUUCUGAUAAUAGAUCAAUUUUCUUUUGCCUCACUGAUGGAAAAAGCAGGCCCAUUUGUGGCCAAAACAGCCCUCUCAGAACUAACUCUCAAACCGGUGUAUGGUUUUAAAUAAAGUAUGUGGCAUGUCUCA